CUUGGCGUGGCGUCCACCACCUCGCCUCGAAUUUCUGGGCGAGCAUACCGGGCGCCAAGCUGUUUCGCCCCUCGCCACGCAGGACAACCCCUCUUCUCCUGCUUGUGACGGUUGCUGUCUUGCUUCCCCUCGGCGGCAGUAGAGGAGAGCCCUCCCAAUUUCCCCUGGCAACGGGAGCGGUAGUGCCUUGAAUGCCUGCAUACACACAUGGACCCUCAGGCUCUCCCCCUCCUCCUCCUCGAACAUGAACCGUCCCUUGAGAACCAACGAGCCGCAAGCUGGAGACGGCUGCCAUCAGAGCCGGCCCCGAUUCUCGAACGACCCGACCACAAACCAGGACAACCAGGACCUCAAUGGCAUCUCCAACAUCUCCAACGCCGGGGCGGCGCGGAGUGAGGAGGACCCAUCAAAGCCCGACUAUGGACAGCCAAAGCCAGAUCCUUCCGCCGCCGCUCCCUCUGGAGGCCCAGAAAAAGCCGGCACCGGCACGGCAGGAGGUGUUGAGGUGAAUGCGUCCGCCGCCGGUGUGGUCCCCGAGGUCCAGCACGCUGGGCAUGAGGACACCGCCCCCGCUGCUGGUGUGGGGGGGUCACCUCCCCGGUCCUGGCUCGGCAAGGUCAAACACGCCAUCAUCACCUUUGGCAGGUUUGUUGGGCCGGGAUUCAUGGUCGCCGUUGCGUACAUCGACCCGGGCAACUACGCGACAGACGUUGCCGCCGGCGCUUCGUACCGGUUUCGCCUGCUUUUCAUCGUCCUGCUCAGCAACAUCUUCGCCAUUUUUCUCCAGAGCCUGGCCAUCAAACUGGGCACUGUCAGCGGGCUUAACCUGGCCGAGGCCUGCCGGGCAUUUCUGCCCCGCUGGCUCAACUAUGCGCUGUAUGCCGUGGCCGAGGCGGCCAUUAUUGCGACAGAUAUUGCCGAGGUGAUCGGGACCGCGAUAGCGCUGAAUCUGCUGAUCCCCCAGAUACCCCUGGUGGCCGGCUGUGCGCUCUCCAUUCUCGAGGUGAUGGUCAUCCUGGUCUUUUACCGCCCCAACGGCCCAAUGCGCGGUCUGCGGGCUUUCGAGUACUUCGUGAUGGUCCUCGUCCUUGCUGUUGUCGUGUGCUUCUGCAUCCAGUUGUCCCUCAUCAAGAACACCUCUCCGGGCGAAGUGUUCCGCGGCUAUCUCCCAUCGAGCGCGCUUAUCGAGCAAACUGCGCUCUACCAAGCAUGCGGCAUCCUCGGCGCGACCGUCAUGCCGCACAGCCUGUACCUCGGCUCCGGCAUCGUGCAAUCUCGUCUCUACGAAUACGAUUCCAAAGCCGGCCUCCUCCCUCCAAUCCCCGUCGAGUCGCCCGCCCCUUCUGUGUUCAAUGACAGCAGUGACAGCUACAGGAAAGAGUACAUCCCCUCGCUCGCGGCGAUCCAGCAUUCGCUCAAAUACUCGGUCGCCGAAGUGGCCUUCUCCCUGUUCACCUUCGCGCUCUUCGUCAACAGCGCCAUCCUGAUCGUCGCCGGCGCCAGCCUCUACUCCACGCCCGGCGAGGACCUCGAGGCGGACCUCUUCGGCAUCCACGACCUGCUGUCCGCGUCGCUCGCGCCCGCCGCCGGCACCGUGUUCGCCCUCGCCCUGCUGUUCUCGGGCAUCAGCGCCGGCAUCGUCUGCACCAUCGCCGGCCAGAUGGUCAGCGAGGGCGCGCUGCACUGGACGCUGCGCCCGUGGCUGCGCCGGCUCGUCACGCGCUCCAUCAGCAUCGCGCCCAGCAUCGUCAUCGCGGCCGCCGUCGGCCGCAAGGGCCUCGACGCCGCGCUGAACGGCAGCCAGGUGGCGCUGAGCAUCUCCCUGCCGUUCGUUUCGGCGCCGCUGAUCUACUUUACCUCCGUGGACAGGUACAUGAUGGUGCGGCCCGGCAUGGCCAGGUUUGGCGGGCAUCUGGGGAGCGUGUCGGGGGAGUCCGGCAGGGGGGUGCGGCCUGCUCAGCAUGAUCAUGAUGCGGGCGCGCAGGUGGCAGCGGGCGCAGGUCUGUGGGCGAGAAUCAAGUUCUUCUGGUUGGGGUUGUGUGGUCGCCGGCGUUCUGCUGCUGCCGAUCGAGACCGAGGCGGGGUCGUCCGCAUGGCGAACAACUGGCUUGUGACGGCGUUCGGGGUGCUUGUGUGGCUCAUCAUUGCAGUCAUGAACGUUGCCAACCUGGUGCUGCUAGGCAAAGGGACAUAGACGUAACUUAACAGUCGAGAAAAGUAUACAUAUUUGACUAUAUGAUUCAUGAGUAGGGAAGCAAUCGUUGCGUCUUUGUCCAGUGCUUGACAAGCUAGUGUC